CACAUUGUGCUGUGUACUGUGUACAGUGGACCUGCCGUAGUGACCGACCGCCUCACUGGGUGUACCAACACAGCGUACAGCAGAGCUGUAGCACUUUUGUCUUGCUUUUGCGUUAACGUACUACGCUUCGUAUACCGUAAUUACUUAUUUAGUUACCGUGUCAGUAUUAUGAAAUAUAAGACGUGCAAAGUGUGUCACUGUCACUAGGAAACUAAGAGCAGUUUCUACAAUGGAUUUAAAAAAGGCGCUCGUCUGCCUAGUGCUGAUGAUGACGACAGCUAUGUCAGCAACACUGACGUGCCCGUGCAAGUUAAGUGCGGUCGAUGAUCGGACCAUUGCACACUGUGCCAACUUGGACCUAUUGGAAGUUCCAUCGUGUGUGCCGAAAGAUACGACAAUCUUGGAAUUUUCCGGUAACAUCGUACCCGAACUGGAUACCAACCUCGUGGUGCACAUGCCGCAGUUGCGGCAUCUGGAUGCCGACCGCAGCCACAUCACCAACGUUUCGGUCACUGCUUUUACUGCGACGCCGGAGCUGCGUAAGGUUCAACUCUCCCACAACAACAUACGUCAAAUACCAGCCGGCCUCUUCGAUGCAACACCACUCCUCGAGGUCGUGGUCCUAUCGGGCAACAUGCUGUACAGUUUGCCACGCGGCCUGUUCAAGAAAGUUCCGCAUCUGAGAAGACUGGAGCUGACCUCGAACUACCUGUCCACUCUGCCCGACGACCUACUGACCGGCUGCGGGCAACAAGCCGUCUUGCGCGUCGGUACGAACCAUCUCACCACACUGCCGGCUCCUCUGAUCAGCUCCUGCUCGUCAAUGGUGGAACUGGACGCCUCUUCUAAUGAGAUGAGGGUUCUCCCAGUGGACGUGGUGGCGGCCAUCGGCCAACUAUCUCAUCUCGACACUUUGCGGCUACACGACAACCCUUGGCAGUGUGACUGCACUCUUUCUCCACUGGCAGAGCUACUGCGGACGCACGACUCCCUGGACCAGCAGCUGACUUGCGAUGGCCCGCGAGCUGUGCGGGAGCGGCAUGUGGUGCACGUGGUCUCGGGACUGGACUGCGCGCCCCAAAACAGUACCAUGCCACCUGCAGUCCGCGCGCCACACCGCGGCCACCCUCCAGCUGCAACCGGCACAAACACAGUCACCAUCGUCGUGGUGGCCGUGGUGGUCAUCUGCUGCACCAUAGCAGCCGUUGGCGCCUUCUUCACCGUGCGCCGUCACCGGAGGAAGGCUGUCGAUAAGUCUAGCCUUCUGGUCGCUGAGAUCGCUUGAAAAACCACCACAACAGCCAUCACUGUUACACUUAAGUGAUUUGCAAUCCAGGAGUCUGAGGACAACUCCCUACACUCUUAUCCCAGAGGCAAAAAGUGACCGAGAAGGAGCGCACAAGACCACGUGGUGCUCCAUAAUGAUCAGCGUUAGAGAGAUGGAGUAUAUCAGACGCAAAGUAAGGUGAUUGUGACGGAUGUGGUUAGGUAUCAAGUACUGCCUCAGCAGACUAGGCCGGUAGAUGAAACUGCGAACUUACAGAAUUUUCCAGAAUGUUUGAUACGAUUAUUUAUUAGUAUAUAACUCUCUCCUGCUGUGAUAAAUCCCAUUUGUGUUUGGGAAACAGACCCUAGCUACUUGCAUUACCAUCACAAAACUACAAUUUUUACCGAGAAAGAAUGCUAUGUAUUUUAUUUGCUGCUCCCUAUUUCAAAAUUUGUUCUUUUUAUGAGACUAAUAAGAUUAUAAUUGUUUCAAAUUUGCUGUCAUUUCUCAAUUCGUCUUAGUAUUGUACACAUUUAAUUUUAUAUAAAACUAUUUAACUUCAGAUAGAGGAUACUGUAGGCCAAAUUUAAUUGGAUUUCUUUUAAAUCACAUUGUUUUCUGUGGUAAUGAAAUUGAUGAGUUAGUAGCUGUGUAGACAAUAAUCAGAAAACAGAUUAUAUUAUUUAAAGAACUCAAGCCAGUUGUUUUCCUAGCAGUUAAAAUGACUUCAGUUGUUAACAAUGCCUAGUGCUUAAGAAAAAUAGAGCUACAGAUUGUUUAAAUCGCCACAUUAAACUCGAUGGCUAAGCUGUUCGUCAUAUCUGCGAAAGCACGUUCGUAACACCUCUAAUAACAUAUUCAUUACCAAAUUGUUGCGUGGUCGAUAUUAUUUUUAAUCUACAGUUGAGAAACAGAACAGUUUCGAAGGAGCAUACGUUGUUUUCUUCUUAAACUUUUUGAUGCAUACGUCCAUCGUAGGGGACGAUUUUAUUUUCAGUCGAUACACAUAUUCUAAAAGCUUUGUAAGUCACUGGGUAUAGCGUAUUUUAUUCUGGAGGGUCUCUUCAAUUCAGCAUCUGUUGACCCAUCUUUCAACUUUUACAACAUGCACAAACUGUCAACAGUGCUAAGUUUCUGGCUAAGUGUAACUACUUAGCUUCCAGAAUUGUACACAUUUUAUUUCAAGUGUUCAGUGAACUUAAGGUACCACAGUCAUACGUUAGUGGAAGUUAUUGACAUAGGACAAAGUUUCUAUAACCACCCUCACUUUUGGUUUCCUAAGACAGUUCACGAUUUGUUUUUGUGCUAGUUCUAAGUGUUGGCUAUCAUUUUUAAAAUACUUUGGUGUUACUAAUUACUUGGAACCACUUCAGUCGUUACCAGAAACUGUAAAGAAAAGAAAAGUUUGAAAGAGAUUUUAGAAAUUCAGGAAAAUAGUAAGAACUGGAAAGUGCUGACAUUUUUCCUCACUGACUGCCAGCAAAGAACUUGAUUUUGAUAUACUGAGGCAAGUGGCUCUGAGCACUAUGCGACUUACCUUCUAAAGGUCAUCAGUCGCCUAGAACUUAGAACUAAUUAAACCUAACUAACCUAAAGAUAUCACACACACAUCCAUGCCCGAGGCAGGAUUCGAACCUGCGACCGUAGCGGUCGCUCGGUGCUAGACUGUAGCGCCUAGAACCGCACGGCCACUCCGGCUGGCAUACUAACGCACGUGUAAAGAAAAAUGAACCACAUGGAUUUAUGCGGGUUAUCAGCAAUGAUGAUGAUGUAAUCCUCACAAAUUGGUUUGACAACAGGUCUUUGACUGCCGGCUGAAACCUCAAAAGCGUUGGAAGCAAGGAUACCUUAAGAUGUUGGGAUAAGAAGAACAAAUUCUACUUUAAUGUUCUGAAAGCUAGUUUGUGAAACAGUACAACAACGGCAUAGGGGAUGCUGACAAGUAUAACUUUUGAUUUUAAUUUAUUUAUUAUUUAUUCACUUACGAAAGUGGACACAGCGCAUGUAUACUCAGGCAAUUCAUGUGGCUGUAACUGUAACCAAGUCGUGACUUGAAUAUGUGCAUGAGGCAAAAGUCUUUUCCUUGUCGAAAACAGGAUAUUGCAGAAUCGUGGAUUAUGACACGAAAACGGAUUAUAGAGAAGAGGAGCAGUCCUUCAAAAUAAGAUUCCUCAGUGUACGUACCUGCAAAGCGUAGAAUGAAACAGGUAGAGGAUAUUAGAUAUGAUUCUCUGAACCAUUUAUCAUUCUUUGAUCAGCAAGAAAUGCCAUGUAGAUGUAAAAAUCCCGGGGGAAAGCUAAAACGUACAUGCAGUGUGCCAAAUUUCAGCUCCAUCUUUGUAUAACAAUAGGUCGCAACUGCUUUCUAAAAUUCCAUACAAAAUAAACUUUGUACGAAAAAUCAAUGUCAUCAGUAGCACUUCUCUUUUGUUAAGCUUUCUAAUAAAUUUUAAUAACUAUA